AGAGCGUCAGGCCAAUUCACCUGCUCGACUUUAUUUAAAAACUUGUUAGGAGACCGAUUGCAUAUUUGGAGAAUAUAACCUAAACGUUGGAGACGGUAAACAUUGUUGGAUGAGAAAUCUAGAGGGAAACCCACCUGCAGAGGCCUAAAGAUGAAGAUCAGAGUGGUUCAAAUCUGGGGAUUUUUAAUGACCGUGUUAGGCUGGAUCUUUGUGGCCUGCACUAUGGCUAUGGAGGGCUGGAAGAUAGCCUCGGUUGGUGGUAUGGGUGGUUCGUCCAUCAUCAAAGUGGCGUGGCAUUGGUCCAGCUUAUGGAGAAAAUGCUUCACCGAUUCAACUGCAGUCAGUAAUUGCUAUGAUUUCCCUGCGCUCUGGUCUGUGGAAUGGCACGUUCAAAUAGUGCGAGGCCUACUGAUGGGGGCUCUUUCUCUGGGUAUGCUGGGGUUCAUACUCAGCCUGUUGGGUAUGGAAUGCACCCAUAUUGGGGGUAAAGACGCUUCAAAGUACAAGAAGAUCUUUACGGGUGGAUUGUGCCACAUCAUCAGUGGUGCAUUGUCCACGUGUGGGUACGCCAUGUAUUCUGAGUACGUCAUAAUCAAAAACUUCGAUUCUGGCCUGACUGGACUUGACUACAGCCUUGGCACUCCGUUGUUCCUUGGCUGGGUGGGCUCGGCCUUUCACAUGGCUGGUGGUUUUUUCUAUCUGUGGUCCGUAUGCACGCCGCUCUGUGGAAGAGGAAAAAGGGUAAUUAAGGUAAAACCACAGGCAGACCUGGAGAAAAACAAGCCCACCACAGCUUCUUCUGCCGCAUCAGAGGUCACCUCCAAUACCAAACUGUCGUCCAUCUCUGAGUUGCCGUCCCAGUCUGACCGUUCGGAUGUAUCCUCCUUGUCUUCCAAAUCGGCACGCACGUCCAAAUCUGGGCGCACGGCCGGGUCGGGCCGGUCGUCCGUGACGGGACGGACCCCCGGAUCAAAUGGAACCUCAGAAUAUGGUUCGGGAUCCAGAUCAGGAUCCGAGUUCCAGUCAGGCCUGUCCUCAGAGUCCAGCCUGUCUACUCUGUCAGAAUCAAGGAGCAGCAGUCGGAGCAGUCAAAGAAGCAGCCACAGCAGCCGAAGCAGCCGCACAGUGUCCUCGAUGUCUGGCAGUUUGAGAAGCGGAGCUACACCUUUUGUCAAAAACUCCUACAUUUGAGCUGAUAAAUUAAAAUGUCAAAUGUCAAAAUUACUACGUAAACAAUUCUGCAAAUGUUUCUGACAUUAAGCCAAAUUCUGAUGAAGUUACCAUAUGCAACCUAACUGAAUCAUUAGCUAAUGGAUGUUAGCCGUUUUAUGUUAAGCAAUUGUCUUUGAUUAGCUGAGUUUUAUUUAAUGCAAUAACCAUGUACUUAUAAUCUGAAACAUCUGGUAGCUUUAAAACAAAAAACAAUAAAAGUAAAGGGUUAAUUCAAACGUAAAAGCUAGGUAGCUGCAGCCAAACUGGCUAAUUUGGCUAGCUAAACUAGCACAUGUUUGACCCCUGCUAGCAGGUUGGCUGCAGCUGCUAGCAGGUUGGCUGCAGCUGCUAGCAGGUUGGCUGCAGCUGCUAGCAGGUUGGCUGCAGCUGCUAGCAGGUUGGCUGCAGCUGCUAGCAGGUUGGCUGCAGCUGAUAGCAGGUUGGCUGCAGCUGCUAGCAGGUUGGCUGCAGCUGAUAGCAGGUUGGCUGCAGCUGAUAGCAGGUUGGCUGCAGCUGAUAGUUAGCCAAAAAUUGCUUGGUCUUCCCUUGACUUUUUAAUGGUACGUUCCCGUCAUACACUGACAAACCGUUGAUUUUUCAGUCACAAAUACGUCAAAUGUCUCUUGAUGUCAGAAAUCCAAUUGUAUUAGUCAGAACGUUCCAACAAUCAGUUUCCAAUAUGGCUGCCAAACAUACAGAAAGUGGAAGUUGCCUACACGGGAAAUCCCACUUCUCAUUGCAAGAUCCAAGCUGAAUAAUAAGGUCAAGAAGUUCAAUAUUAGCCUCUUAAUAAUUAUAAACAUGUCUCUUCAAAAUCUGCAUGUUACUAAAUUGUUUAUAUUUUGUGUGUAUUUCUUGGGAAAACUUUCACAUGCUAACUCAAUAGACUGUAUUCAUGCUGUAAAUAAAACAUUUUUUUGCUGAUAACGUUUUAUUUGAAAAUCUCAAAUGAAUAAAGCUUCUACAAAAGAA